CUCACUUUAUGCUCCCUCCCUCAGAGGAACACACAGUCCCACUGGCAUCCAGCCGUCUGCAUGCUGCUUCAUUUCUCCACACACCAGCUCUGGGUGAAAACCUAGAAGGGGUGUUGGAGAAAUUGAAAGGCGUCCAGAGAGGGUCGGCCAAAAAAACCCCCCAAAAACAGAACUCACAGAAUGGGAAAAUCCGAGAGCCAAAUGGACAUAAUGGAGAAAACAACCAAGCCAAGGAAGCAUCGCUGGACCGUAGUGGAGAUCGGCCUGUCCGUUAUAUUACUGCUGAUGAGCUGCGCUUUGGCGGGACUGGUCGUACUUUACGCUUCAGCGCUCAAAGAUUAUUCGUAUAGAAACGGUGCAUCAAAAGGCCUGGAGUAUCACAGGAACUUGGACACCAGCAUGUGCACAACCCCGGAUUGUGUCACUGCAGCGGCAAGGUUAUUGCAGAACAUGGACCAGAGCGUGGACCCGUGCCAGAACUUUUACCAGUACGCCUGUGGAGGCUGGCUGGAGCGGCACGUGAUCCCUGAGACUAGCUCGCUCCACAGCGUCUUCAACAUCUUGAGGGAUGAGCUGGAAAUCGUGCUCAAGGGGGUUCUGGAGACACCAAGCGAACGUGACCGGGAAGCUUUCAAGAAAGCCAAAGUGCUCUACAGAUCGUGUAUGAAUGAGAGUGUGAUCGAGCAGCGCGACUCGCAGCCUCUCCUCAAGCUCAUUGACAGUGUUGGUGACUGGCCUGUAGCCUCUGAGGACUGGAACAACACAGCAGGGGAAUCCUGGAGUCUGGAGCACAUGCUGGCGUUCCUAAACUCUCAUUACAACAAGAAGGUUUUGAUGGAAAUGUUCGUUUGGCCCGAUGAUCGAGACUCAAGCUGCCACAUCAUUCACAUUGACCAGCCAUCUCUAGGAAUGCCCUCAAGAGAUUAUUACCUCAAUGAUGGCAACUACAAAAAGGUGCGUGAGGCCUACCUGCAGUUCAUGGUUUCCAUGGCAAAAAUAGUACGGGAGGACAGGAACCUCACCCAGGACGACGAGCGCGUGUGGGAGGACAUGAUACAAGUGAUGGAGCUGGAGAGAGACAUUGCUAAUGCCACGUCUCCGGCCGAGGAACGCAAUGACAUCACCGUGCUUUACAACAAAAUGACUCUGCGGGACGUGCAGGAGACCUUUAACCUUGGCGGUUUUAACUGGACCCAUUACAUCCAGGGCAUCGUGGCGAGCGUUUCCAUCACAGUGCAGCCUGAUGAGCCCGUCGUGGUUUACUGCUCACCCUACCUCGAGAAACUCGGCAAUGUUCUUUCUAGAUACAACCGCAGGACUGUGCAGAAUUACCUGGUCUGGAUGCUGAUCAUGGAACGAGUCAGCAGCCUGAGUCGACGCAUGAAAGAUGUCCGAGCUCAUUACAGAAAGACUUUACACGGCACCACGUUGGAGGAGGCACGCUGGCGCGAUUGUGUGCGUUACGUCCAGAACAACAUGGAGAAUGCAGUAGGGGCUCUGUACGUACGUGAGACCUUUGCUGGAGACAGCAAGCGCAUGGUUGGUGAAUUGAUCAGAAAGAUUCAGGAUUCUUAUGUGGAAACACUGGAAGAGCUGAACUGGAUGGAUGAUCAGUCGAAAGCGAAGGCAAGAGAGAAGGCGAUGGCUAUCUCGGAGCAAAUUGGCUAUCCGGAUUAUAUCCUGGAAGAGGACAACGAGAAACUGGAUCAGGAGUACAUCCACCUGAAGUUCAGUGAAGAGAGCUAUUUUGAGAACGUUCUGGAAAACCUUAAAGCAACCGCUCAGAAAGCUCACAAGAAGCUACGGGAACCUGUGGAUCCAGAACUGUGGAUCAUUGGUGCAGCUGUGGUCAAUGCUUUUUACUCUCACAACAGAAAUCAGAUUGUGUUUCCUGCUGGAAUUUUACAGCCUCCUUUCUUCAGUGAGAAGCAGCUCCAGGCCUUAAACUUCGGUGGAAUUGGAAUGGUUAUAGGACAUGAAAUCACUCACGGCUUUGAUGACCAUGGUCGUAACUUUGACAAAGAUGGAAACAUGUACAACUGGUGGAGCAACUUCUCCACAGAGCUAUUUGAGGAACAGUCCAAAUGCAUGGUGCAGCAGUAUGGCAAAUUCAGCUGGAAGCUUGCAGGAGGUCAAAAUGUGAGUGGCAUCUCCACUUUGGGAGAGAACAUAGCUGAUAAUGGAGGAGUUCGGCAAGCGUAUAAGGCGUACAUGAAGUGGGUGGAGAGGGAAGGUGAGGAGCCUCGUCUUCCUGGUUUGGACAUGGAUCAUAAGCAGCUCUUCUUCCUCAACUUUGCCCAGGUCUGGUGCGGAGCCUGUCGGCCUGAAUAUGCCAUCCAGUCCAUCAAGACCGACCCCCACAGUCCUCUGGAGUACAGGGUUUUGGGCUCCUUGCAGAAUUUUGAAGCCUUUUCCGAGGCGUUCCAGUGUCAGAGAGGUACUCCUAUGAACCCUGAGGAGAAGUGCAGAGUGUGGUAGUCUGAGUGGAACCUAUACGCUUCACUAUUUUCACCAAGGCAGCAUGUUUUAUACUGUAUUAAUUGCCUUAAUGUGUGUCUGUUGAAAGAGGAUGAAGGUUAUUAUGAAAACUAGGAAAACCGCGAGUCAUUAAAAAAGUCAUUAUAUGAGUAAGCAGAAGGCGAGUGCAAUGAAGGCGGGGUGGAAAAGAGACACUUUGAGUCUCAUAACUUGUUGAAAUAUUUGUAUAUUUGUCUGUCAUGUGUUAUCAUUCUGUAUAGAUUCCAAAUUAAGACUCAGAUAUGAUAUACGCAGCUGCCGCCUUUGAUAGUGGACACAUUUCCUAAUAUUCUGACAGAUUUCUUUUUUUGCUGGCUAUAAAUGUGGUGAGCGCUUUAGAAAGUAUUAAGCCUUUCACAAGAUACAACAACCAGCCAAAAGCUCAAGGCUUUGAAGCCCACGUGUUUCUUUAGGAUAGAAUUAAAACCCAGCGAAUCGGUUGUCUCUUUUGGCAAAGAGCAGCCUUAAAAAUGCAAUGAUGGAGCCAAAAAAAAAAAAAAGAAAGAAAAACAAAAUAGAUAUAUUUAUUGUAAGGACAGAAAUAAAAAAUGACUUGCAGAUUGAGGUUUAUAUGCGUUAGUGAGCUGUAAAUGUAAGGUAUAGCGCCUCCAUCAGGUCAAACAAUUACCUGAAGACUUUAAGACUGUUAAAUUGAUGAUGCUUGAUCACAUUUUCAUAUCUGUGGGAACUAAUUUCUAAAAAAUAAAAAUAAACAAAAAGAUAAUAAAAUAAAUAAAAAAGCUUUAUUGUGCUGAAUACGUUUAAUUAAAGUACCAAAUAGGUAGGCUCACUCAAUAUAAAUCACAAAAGGGUCGUAAAAAAUAAAUAAAUAAAAAUAUAGUAGUCCAGCCUUAUGCUUUUAUCACCAGAAGGUAUCCCUGAAUUCAAAAAUAUGAUUUGAUAUAGUUAAAUCUUCUUAAGUAGUGGAUUAAUAUCGAUUUAAGAUUUAGCACUAAAUUUUCUUAGUAUUUAGGUACAAAACUGGUUCACGUGAACACAGUAUGAGAUAGCUUGAACAAAUGUGAAAAUUAUGAGAGAUAUAAUGACAUGCUAGCUACAGAACCUGCAUACUAAGCUAACUCGCUAGCUAGCAAGCUAACAUGUGAAAAACAAAAUUGUGGUUGCUAUGGAUUUCUUUCCUUUACAGAUGCUGAUGAGAAAGAAAAUAACUUAGGAUAUGAUGAUGAGUCUAGAUUUGAUACUAAAAUGCCCUCUGCAUUUAUCUCCUUGUGACAAAUACAAGCUAGUUUGCUAGCAUAGAUCGACUAGCUAAAUCGCUAACUUAGUUAAUGUUAGUGAUAAAACUGUGAUGAAAUUGUGGUUGUUAUAGUACAUUUGAGGUUUGGCUGCUGUUAAACAAAUCACCGAGGAUAUGAAAUUGCCAAUCAUACCUCAGAUAUUAAAAUUUGACAUCUCUGGCAAAUAAAAGCUAGUUUUCUAGCAGUGACUAGCCAACUAGUACUAGCUGUUUGUAUUGACAGGAAAAAUAGUCGACAAUUAAUUUGUAUUUAUAGAUAUCCAUAGAUCCUGACAGUCUUUAUUAGUCCUUUUUUGAGCAUUAAAUAUGAACAUUAUAUUUUAAAAUGAAGGAAUAACUAUGUGUAAAUCUGUGUAUCUUGCUAUAAAAUGAGAUUUUACUUCUAUAUACAAAAAUGUUUGCAUAUUAAACAGAUAAAUUCAAAGGUUUUCUUAUUAGCCAAGGCAGAAUGUUGUGAAACAUGCUCUUUACAAGACGAAAUGGAUAGCAGAGCUUUCAUAAACAAUUUUAAAAAUGUUUUGUCAUGCCUUUGCUUAUAUUUGCUUAUGAUUGCUAAGUUUGAAUGCUAAUCUUAUAUUACAGCUGUUGUGUUUACCUAGGAGGGGGAAAAAAUCUGAUAAACGCAAGGUUUCUUGAUUAUUCUGUCCAUAUACCAAGAAUAUUUUAAUUAAUGACCCAUAUGGUAAUAUUUUUACCAUUUUGCACAUUUUGAUGUCAAGAGGUUGUGAUUUAUUUCCUGCAUACUGGGUCGAACAGAAAGCUGUUUAUCUGACAUUCCGAUAAAAAGCUCUAAUGAUGUGGCAUCAUUUAUCACAGGAUCCACAGCCGACUGCUUUUGGCAUUGCUAAAUCAGGCACAUUUAGUUUACUGCAUCUCAGGAUGAAGGGUAUCAGAAGGGAAAUAACGUUCAAGGACUCUGAGGAUGACAGGCAGGUGAAGCGAAGCCUCUCGAUCUCUUAAAUUGAUCAGUUGUGGGAGGCGGCGAAGCAAAGCGUAGCAGACGAAGGCCACUCCACUGAGAUGGCGUCCUCAUUAGAGAAGUGGUCAGGGCCAGAGACUGUUCUCGUCCACCAUGAUUAACCAGUAAUGACAGCAGAACUAAACAAGAUGGAAGGAAGGGAUGAAAUAAUCUGGAGAGCAUCUGCAAAAAGAUCAAACGGUGCAGGAACACGGACGGCUUCUCGAGAACGAGAACACAUGCUCUGAAAGCUUAGUCCAGUCAAUAAGCAAGGAGAGGCAAAAAAGAAAUCUGGUUGCCAUGGACCAUUAAUUUAUGACUGUUAUUUCUCAUCACAGAGACUCUGAUUAACAGAAUAUUCACAUCUGCCUUUGAAGCUUUAUUACUAGCCAAGUUCUACAGGACCAUAAUGGCUUGUACUGUUUGGAGAAGAACGGUUGGGUUAUGAGGGUUCCGACUAAGGGUUCUUUAAAAAUCUGGGUUAAAAAAAUUGAUCAAAUGUAAUAAUAGAUUUAGCUACACUUUCGAGAAAAAAAAAAACCUCUUCAAACAUCUUAUCUAUAGUCAAAUUUAUUAAAUGUUUCUCAUUGUAAAUAAAAUGUUUAAUUAUUAUAUAUAAUACUAUUGCCACAUAUAAUACUAAAUAUACUAAGAAUGCUAAACCUAUUUCUGAAUUAUUAUUAUUUUAUUUUUAAAAUACCGUUUGUGAAAAACGGUUGUUUGAUUUACAUUAUGUACUCAGCUUUGUUUUCAGAUUAGUAGAGCUAAGUGUACUAGCUACAGCAAAUGAAUUGAGGCAGUAGGUUGGAUUUGUCACCAACAAAUUUGUUGCUUGCCACAGUUCCUGGAAACCUGAAUGUAGGGUAACAUAUCACUCCUAGAUCUCUCACAGGUGUUCCAUUCAGUUGAGAUAUAUUGAGUGUGAAGGCCAUAGCAUACAAUUUACAACAUUUUCAUCCUCAUCAAACCAUUCAUUGAUCCCUUGUGUCCUGUAUAUGGGGGCAGAGUCAUCCUGGAAGAGAUGACACCCAUCAAAGGAUAAAUUCAUCAUAGGAUAAAGGUGAUUAUUAUUGUAGUAUUUAUUUACAGUGAUGCUUUUCUGUAAGGGGACAAGUAGAGCCAAACCAUGCCAGAAACAAAUAUAUAAUUGGAGUUUUUUUCCCCACUUUAAAGCGUCACUUGUAUGUAUUUACACUUUUGUAUCGGAAAUGGUUCUAACUUCGGUCAGGGAAACAGAUGGUAUUUUAUAAAGUGUGCAUGUUACAGCCUUAAGUGUUUGUCAUAUGUUGUGACAUUUUUGCCUAUUAGUUGAUCGCUCACCGUAACUAUGUAAAUGUAUCCAUUGUCGCAUACGUCAACAUUCAACAUCCAUUAGGUUAAAGAAGAUGGCGUAAACACUUCACACACGCAAAGGGUCAAGUGUGUAUAUUUUCCGAGAGAAUCAUCUAUACAAAAUUCAAGGGAAACGUUCCAUGCCAAGAACUGCUAAUACCAUUUUAAAUGCCACGGCUUUGGAAAGCAGGUUAACAAAAAGCUGUUUUGUACUUUGUGAACCUUUAAGAAUCACACACACGCACACACACACACACACACACACACACACACAUAAGAUUAAGACUUCUUGAACGCUUUUGCCAAGUGUGUACUGAUAAAUGGCAUUUUUGUGGAUUUUCGAUGUCUUAUGCAUUAUUUUAAGACUUCUUGUUAAUAAGCUAAACAAUAACGUAACGUGCAUGUCGAAUCGUAUCGCAUGUUAAACCAUGCGCACCUCCUAAGUGCAUUAAAAGCCAUUUUGAAAUACAGAGAUUUUACAACAUCUGGUUCAACUCACGUCAUGGUCACUAAUUUCAGAUGCUGCUAUGUGAAUAAUUUUGUACAUUUUCCUCCUGCUGUAGACUUUAAUGUAAUCGCUGAAGUAAUUCUAAGAGGUCACUUAUGUGAACUUAUGAAGUUAAACCUGAAUGUGUGCCAUUGUAAUCAUCUGCUGUUAUGGUAAUUAUUAAAAAGAAAUACACAGCAAAAAUAUAUAUAUUGUUAAAUAUUAAAAAAAAAAAAAAUAGACAUUCUUGAUAUUUUAGGAUAAAGACAUGUAUAUGCCUAAAUAAAC